CUCUCAGCUAUAUUGGCAGUCAGUCAAAGUUAGAAUGUCAACUAGAAGUGAACUUGUUUUAAUACUCGGCCUCUGCCUGCUCCUCAAUUUGCUGGGCACUCAUGCCCGACCAGAGCCAGAGCAGAGUCCUGCCAAAACGAAACGCGGAUCGUACGACUGGUUUUCUAGCAUUUUGUCAGACUACUUUGAUGACAGCGACAGCGACUCGGAGGAGAUCCUGAUUUGUCGCAACUGUACGGUUAUAGUCGGGCAAAAGGAUCCGAAUCAAACUGCUGAGACAACUGCUGCACCAGUGGCUCCUACUGCUGCAGCUCCAACUGCUGCUCCUGGCGCUCCACCUGUAGCUCCACCGGUCGCUAAUCCUCCGGCUGCUCCGGCUGCCCCUUCUGCUCCUCCUGCUUCUCCAGCAGCUCCGGCGCCAGCCACUGGAGAUGCCACAACAGCAGUUCCGGCGGGAGCCCCUGCAGGAUAGUUUUUCCAAUCCGUUCUCUGCCACAUAAGUAUCAUCCAUCUAUCCAUGGGUUUGAACACAGGAUUCGGUAUACGACUUUAUUUAUGACAUGAAUAAAACUUUUGUUCUCGGUGCAAAAUCGCUUCACGAA